UUUAGGUACAAAUGCGAGAGGUAAAUUUGUAGCUUAAACGAUGUCAUUAUUUGACCCCGUACCUCCUGCCGAGGUAAAGAAAAGCCAACUAUGCACUCGACCAGCACUUGUUCGAGGUUCAGAUGGCAAGAAAAAGAUAAAGCCAUCUGCUUAUUUCAAGAUCACAUCUCUAAGCACAGACCAAAGGUUGCUGCAGACCAAGGAUAUGCGUCUCCCCAAGAUAAUCCAACUACUGGACAUAUCAGCCUUUUCAAAUAUCAAAGAUACACAAUUAGCGAUUGAUGAGCCGCUGUUUCAACCAUUCCCUUCUGAGCUCCACUUUCAAAGAUUUGUUCCCUGCCAAUCAUAUGAACUUCCAUUGUCGUUGCGAAACAAUGAUAAAGUUGCCAGAGCAGUUAGAGUUUCUCAAGUCGAGUCACCUUACUUUGAAAUUAUCACACCCCCAAAUGCUAGUGCAAAGGUUGCUCCAGGAAUUGAUAUCACUUUCACGAUAAAGUUUAUGCCAACUGAGCAAAAAGACUAUUAUCAUGAGAUAGUAGUUUCAACUGAAAGGGAAAAGUUUUUAGUCCCAGUACAUUGUAUGGGAUCAAGGGCUGUGCUUGAUUUUCCUGACACUGUUGACUUUGGCACACAACCUGUGAAACACGAGUCCACAAAAACUCUACUGAUACGAAAUGUAGGUAGCAGAGAAGCUAGGUUCUCAUUCAAGGUUACAGAUCCAUACUCUGUGAAGCCAACUCAUGGAUCUCUUGGUAUUGGUGGAUCCAUGCAAGUUCACAUCAGCUAUAAUCCAUCUGUUACUGGUUCUCAGAUGCAAGACAUGGUCCUACAAUACGACACAGGUGAGGAUGUGUCAAUUGCCUUGUGUGGAAAUGCCACAGACGCUAAUGUCAGACUGGAAAAGACUAUGCUGAAGUUGGAGACUACGUACAUAACGAUGUCCACUCAAAAGGCAAUCACCAUUCACAACCGGAGCAACAUUGUCGUUCACUAUCAGUGGAAGAAGUUCGCAACUCUUGCAGAAGAGCACAACACAAAGGAUGUGUGUUUUACAGACUUGGAAAAGGAUGAGGAAGACGAGAUGCAGGCGUUUAUAAACCAGUGCAUCAUUAACCCAACUAAGAGACAUGAAAUGUCUCUGAUAACUAGAUCGUAUCACAACAAGAAGUCCGCUGUGAAUGAUGAUAACAUGCUCUUCUCAGAUGAUAUCAUUGUGUUGGAGCCAAUGUCUGGAGAGAUAUGGCCCAACUCUUCUACCACUAUUACAGUCAUGUUCAAACCAGAAGCAGCUCAAAACUACACUCGAAUGGCAUAUUGUGACAUUACUGGAAGAGAAACGAGAUUGCCACUCAAGAUUGUCGGUGAUGGUUUGGGGCCUAAAGCCAUAUUCUCUUGUGAUUCGAUCGACAUUGGUAAUGUUUUCAUCGGAUCACGACACUCGUAUGAAGUUAUACUUGAGAACAAAGGUGACAUACCGAUCGAUUUCAAUUUGAUACAGCCGGAGUCGAUAUUUGGCCCUCUCUUUAACUUCUACCCGAGCGAAGGAAAGAUUGCAGUCGGAGAAUUGCAACUGAUCAAGAUAGUUUUCUCUUCUCACAUUUUGGGAACAUUCACGGAAACUUUCAAGUUUGCUAUAAGAGGAGCACCCGACACAUUGGCGCUACGUGUACAUGGAACCGUGAUCGGACCAACAUUCCACUUUGACACAAACUGUAUCAAGUUUGGAAAUGUCAGCUACGGUUUCGUGAACUCAAAGAUAAUCACGCUCUCCAACACCUCUGAUAUCGUGAUGAGAUAUAGGAUACGUAUCCCGGAUGAUGUGCACGGGAAACACGUGCCCGGUGAUAAGAAAGGUUAUUGUGGAGCAAACGAGUUCGAUAUAGCUCCGUGUGAGGGUGUCCUGAAUCCGGGACACGAACAGAGACUCCAAGUAGACUUUGUUCCGACCAAUAUUGGCAGAUACGAUAAACAGCUCGUGGUGGAUGUUCACGGGGUUGGGGAGGCCAUUCUAUCAGUUCCUCUUACAGCUAAAUGUAUCGUGCCUGCAAUUGAAUUGACUACACAAGAUCUAGACUUCAAAAGGACGUUUAUCCACCACCACUACACUCUGAAAGCGAUACUCAAGAACCCUGACGACCACCCAGCUAAGUACGAGAUCCUGGACACUGAGGGCGAAGAUCAGAACGGAAUAAAAUUCUCCAGUUCCUGUCCAAAGAGUGUAAUCCAGCCUCACUCCACUAUAGAAGUGCCUAUAACUAUUGAAGCAACCAGACUGGAUGAUCUUCACAGGUCUAUAUUCUUCAAGAUUAUUGGCUCACAGCAGUCUCCCCUGGAGUUAUCUUUAUACUGUGUGGGAGAGGGACCUGUACUGAGUAUUAGCACACCUCAGAUUGACUUUGGAGUGAUUGGUGUCUUGAAGAGAACCUCCCUGCCAUUAGUUCUCACUAACGAGAGUAGCAUUCCUGCUAACUUUGAGUGUGUUCUCGAACGUGCAAACCCAGCGUACAAAGUGACACCCCGCACUGGAACACUGGAACCACAACAGAAACUAGAACUGGACGUGUCAGUCUACUUAAGUGACAACGUGAGGUUCAGUGACAAUCUGACAAUUCUCGUGGAGGACAGUUCCAGUCACUCUAUCUCUCUGGUGGCUGCCGGACAAGGUCCCACCAUCGUGGCUUCUCCGGAGAUUAGCCCUGUCAUGGAUCUGGGUCCUCUGUUUUCUUCUAGACCUGUUUACUACAGGUUCCAACUGCAGAACAAAGGCAAACGUCGACAAGUACUUUAUUGGACUGUAGAUGGAAUUAAACCUACCAAAAAGCAUAACGUUAAACUUGCCAAGCUUCCCCAGGAGCCGGCCCCACCACGUCCCACCUUCACAGUGAGCCCCAACAAGUUGGUUAUUGAACCUAAUAGCACCGAGGAGAUCACCAUUCACGGGUUCUCUAGCACUGCUGGAGCUGUCAAACAGAAGUUACUCUGUCAGGCACUCAUUGGGAAAAGUACCAGCAAGGAAACGGUGUACAAAGUUGAUUUGUUCGCUCAGUUCAUUGAUCCUUUCCUCAGCUUCUCUGAAAAGAGUUUAGCUUUUACAAUUCUCAAGGGCCCCAGUGAUAGAUUAGAGCGAGUAGAGCAGCCUCUACAAAUGAUAAAUGUCAGCACUCUGCCCCUGACUGUCAAACUGAUGCUGAACUAUCCCUUCUUGCUGUGCUUGAACAACGGAGAUGAAACUGAGGAGACAACUGUUCAUCUUCAGAGCAACGAGGCCCUCAAGGUGAGAGUACAGUUUGAUCCAUCCUACAAAGAAGAAGACUGGAUCUGUAGGUCCCACACCUCCCAACUGACUAUCACGUACAAGGAGCACCCCCACAUAGACUACAUCAACCUAAUGGGGGAGGUGGUCUUCCCUAAUCUCAAGUUCGAGGAUCAGACCAUUGAUUUUGGGUGCAUCUUGAACGACACUGAGAUGUCCAAAUAUGUGACUGUUACUAAUACUUCCAGACUUACUGUUAACUACGAGUGGUAUUUCAACAUUCGGAAACAAGCCGCCUUUUUACCUGAAUUCAGCACACCCUAUCCUACAGUCACCCACUUUGCUCUCUCCACCACACCUGAUAACAGUGUCUCAAUACCUUUACACGCUGGAUCGCGCUCAAACACACCCGUCACAUCCGUCACCCCACGCUUCACCACACCCUUGCACACUGACCACACCACGUGCACAUCGUGCGCUGAUCGCACUACUUGCACUGAUAAUCUCAACACUGAUCACAUUUGUCGUCCUCACGCGACUCUCUCGGAAACAGAAACUGCACCCUCAAACUCUCACUCACAGUUGAACUCGCCAUGUCAUAGUAACCGUAUCAAAUCCACAGUGAAAUUCGUUGACAACGACGCUGUUGUAGAAUCUAUUAGCGUGAAUAACGCUAACAUUGAAUCUAUUGGCGUGGACAGCAACAUUCAGGGUGAGGUGGACAUCUUAGAGGAAAAGGCAAGUAUGUCGUCUGGUUCUCCUUCCAACGGUGAAGGAAGCGAUUUAGAAGAGGGUUACAUUUCUGAAAUAGAAGAAAAGAAAGAUCUUGAGAAAUCUGUCAUCCCUAUCGAGCAGGUAUUUGACAUCCUGCCACUUCACGGUACAAUAGAGCCAGGAGACAGUCAGACCUUACAGUUCUCUUUCUACGGACAUGAGAACUCGGAUAAUGCGGUGGAGGCUGUAUGCCAGGUGGAGGGAGGCCCCAAGUACAAGAUACAACUCCGAGGACAGGCAGCACUGGUCCAGUAUUCCUUCGACAAACACUUUAUCAACUUCGGAGAAGUGCACUACGAUCAAAUAGCAGUAGCAGAAAUUGAACUGUUCAACGAAGGAAGGAUCCCACUAGAUUACAGCACAAUGUCCACAUGUGACGGAAGCAAACCGCAGCCAGGCGAGCUUACAGUCACUCCGGUGGAAAUGGGGCAAAUCCCUCCCUUCUCCAGCCGCAAACUGGUUAUCAGAUAUUACCCGGGUGUACCGGCUAAGUUCGACAAACUCUUCAAAGUGCAAGUAGCUCACUUUGAACCUGAUGUGAUACAGGUGGUGGGCGAGGGUGUCUUCCCUAGGAUCAAGUUAGAUCUGCCACGCUACGGAGAUCAGGAUGGGAUGUACGCUGGCUUCCUUACAGAGGCACACGAAGCACUCAAUAUUGAGGAACCAAAUUGUGCACCUUUAGCUCUGAGUGGACGCUCUAAACCGUCAGGCAAAGCUUCAUCUAAAUAUUCUGAAUCAGGUCUCAAUGCUUCCUUCCCGUCUGAAGAUCUGUUGGAGUGUGAGGCUGAGAGACUGAUGGUGAAGAGGUUCGCUGAGAAUCUCAUUGUGGGCCCACAACCUGUGGAACCUGUUAGAGGAAAGAAGAAAAAGCCAAAGGCCCAUCUGGCUGACUACUUCCUAGAUUUUGGACACGUUGUAGCCGGGAACACAUGCUCACAAACACUGAAUGUAACCAACAACGGGUUCUUCCCCGUUUCCUUUUCUGUGGACAGAUCCGUAAUUGUGGGAUCUGGUUUCUUCCUUGGUCUGGACCGAGUGAGGCAGCUGCCUCCUGGAGAGACACUCUCUUUUAAUGUCACUUUCGAUCCUAAGUCUAUAGAUCAGGGUGUUCAUUCUGCAAUUGUUCCUUUCAAUAUAAUAGGAGGGCCGAUAUUCUCACUGAGAAUGCAGGCACACGUGACCAUGCCAGACUUGUUCGUCUCGAGUGACACGCUAGACUUCGGAGAUGUGAAAUGUGGCGAGUGUUGUAUUAUUACCAUACAACUGUUCAACAAUAAUCAAGUUCCUUGCAGUUGGAAUAGUCGACCUAGCAGUGCCGCUAAAAAGAAGAAAGAACGGAUGAUCCCGAUGUACAGACGAAAGCAAGUUGCCAAGAUGGAAAAAGAAGCUCCUCAAGAAUUCCAGCUCAUUCCAUCUUCCGGACAUCUUCUACCAGGACAGAGGAAAAAUGUGCAAGUCAAGUUUAUGCCCCUUGAAGAGACUCGAUACAUACAGAGGAUACCAAUCAGAAUGUCACAAAGCACCAGAAAAAUCACCAUGACGGUUAUGGGUCACGGAAUGGAGCCAAAGCUAGACUUUAACAUGGGUCACGUGUCAUUUGAUCCAAUCUUACCACACUCACUGGGUGACGAAAAGGAAGUUGUUGUCAGUAAUCCUUGCCCAUUUGCUGUUGAGAUGUACAGCCUGGAGUUUGAUAAGCAGUACUUACAAGAAGAAGAGAUCUUGAGAGGAACAGCAGGGUAUAACGAACAGGGGAUGUUGUUAUUACCACCUCGCCCAGCAGGAGAGAAACUACCAGAGGAGAUAGUCCGGGCGUACGAACCUGACCCUGUUAGUGUUCCAACUCUGGAAGCUGAUGAGAGUGUUGAUCAUCCUGAAGCUGAUCCUGCUAAUGAUAGAGAUUCUCAAGGAGUUCCAACGCCGGGAGUAGGACAAAGAACAGAACCAGUACCCGACAUGGCCCCCUCAGUAACCGGGCCAGGAGGCAGGACUUCAGCCGGGGUCACCUCCCGUGUCUCAUCUACUGGAUCUGCACUAGGACAAGUCGAGGAGGACGCAGACAAAACAACAGGAGAUGGAGUAGGUGAUUUAGAGAUAACCCCUGCAGCUGCGUCUAUAGCGAGGUACCUGGGUAUAGAUCUCAGUCCUGAGGGGAAAGCAGCUAGGUACAAGAAGGGACUCAACGUCAUCAUAACUGGACCUCCUCUUAGUGGCAAAACAUUCCAAGCCAAGGAAAUCUCAACGGCUUACAACGCUGCCAUCAUCGAGUUGGAUUCGGUGAUCUACGAUGCCAUCGUCUCUGGGACUCUAGAAGCAGGACUCCGAGCCAGAGAGUUCUGUCACAACGCCAAACAAGCUGCUGCUGAGGAGGAUGCUGCUGCUCAAUCUGCCAUCGACGGCAAGGGGGGUAGGGCCGCUAAGGGCGGAGGUAGGCGUAUGUCCAAAGCUGUUGCCCCUGCGGGUCCACCCAAAGCCGCCGCAGCCGCUCCUAAAGGUGGGGCAACAUCCACUACGAAGGAGAGUGUGCAGGCUCCUGCUGAUUCUCCUUUGGAGGUGAAGCCUGAGGACGUCACCCCCUUCCCUUGUGCUCUUCCUGACGAUAUUGUCGCGGAAAUCCUAGCCAGCAGGUUGAAGUGGUCUGAUUGCCAGAACGGUAUCGUAUUUGAUGGAUUGAACUGUAAGUGGACUGGUAAUGAGGCACAAACAACCCAAGUAGUCCUCAAGGCCUUGGGUAAUCGACCAUACAUCUACACCGUCGACCUCAAGAUCACUGAAGACGAGAUGAUUAACAAACAAGAAGCAAUCGCUGCCGAAGCUGCCCAAAAAGCAAAGGAGAAGCGAAUCGCGGAGGAAAAAGAGAUAGAAGUAGAUUAUUUGUCGGAGGAUGAGUAUGAUGCGCUCGAGGAGGAAGAGAAAGCCGUCUAUGAUCACAAGGUUAUGAAGUUACAGCGGGAGAGACUCCGGAAGGACCGGGAGGCCCAUGCUGAGCGUAUCAGACGCGAACAGGAGCAGGCUGAACAAGACAAAAUAAAGGAAGAAGAGGAGAAGAAUACACGACGUAAGAGGGGAGGCAAUGCACCUAAGAAGGAGGGUGCAGCUCCAGCUCCUGCCGCCGCUCCAGCACCUGCCAAAGACAGACCUACCACUACUAAACAGGCUAAGACGUCACGGCCAGACAGUGGUAAGAACGGAGCUCCAGCAGAGAGGUCCGAGUCCAGGACAUCUCACACCGGCAGUCAGGCUCCUGUUGAGAAGACGGAGAGUAGCGAGACUCCUACCAAACAGAGACGGAAGAGUGCUAUGGGUAAGAGGACCCCAACAGGAGCAGCUGGAGGAGCCAGUAUGUGUGAUAUCAGCAAGCAGGGCGGCAGUGGAGACGAGGCCCAGCCUGAAGACGAGAGGAUUGAGAAACUGCUCCACCGGUUCCAGGUGUAUGACGGAGCAAACGACGAGCUGCAUCACAUGAUCGGACAGUGGGACAGGAUCAACGGUGUUGUGUACAGAAAACAUGGGGAUAUUCCUGAAGAGGACCCCAACGCAGAUACAUUUCCAGCUCCACCAGUGAGUAGCGGAAGCAGCAAGAGGAAAUUUAAGGAGAAAGACAGCAGAGAUAGUGUAGCUACUCGUCAGGACACCAAGUCAGCAGUACAAAGUGCACCAGCACCUCCAGAGUCACCAGUAGGAUCAACCGUCUCCGAGGACGUUGAAGACGAUGAAAGUAAAGAGAAGAUCGGCGUGCCCCUCUUCGUGAUCAAAGCAGGAACUUAUGAUGAAGACGUCUCUCACCAAAUCAUGGCAGCAGGUUUGCCGACUGUGGAAGAGAUUCUAGACGCACUGGGUCUGGGACCUAACGGACCUCCCAUUCCACCACCUGCCACAUUCUCUGUAACCAGACUACCCGUUAAGAGAAGAGAUGUUAACCCACCCCUUCAGCACUUCGUAUUCGUGGCCUCUUCAUCUGACGACGUGAAUGUGGAGAAAGAAGAGAAGAAAGAACCGGAAGACGCUGAGAAAGUGUCCACCCCACCACUGUCAGUUGAAACGAAGGAACCUGUAUCAGUUAAGAAAGGUAAAGGGGGACGAGGAACAUCUCCUAAACCUCCUAAGGGUGUCAAGGGAACUAAAACCACUGCUCCGUCUCCCAUCUCUGUCGAGGAGCGUCCUAGUUCUGUGGCUGAGUCCACUGGAAGCACUCCCAAGAAUCCACUACUCACCUCGCAUAGAUGGGUAAUUGCCCCUAAUAGCGAUAUAACCCUCCGCCUAAGAUUCACCUCUACAGACCUGGGAACUUUUGAUGAGAUGCUGAACUUUGAGACAGUAGGAACUCGUCAAAGAUACACACUUUGUUGUAGAGGAGUGUGCGCCUUCCCACAAAUCAGUACCGAUCCCAAGAUGGUCUUCAUAAACCGCAGAAAGAGUAAAUCAGAAGAGGAUAUCAUUCACAAGAAAUAUGUUCAAUCUGAGGAUACAUACGAGUUUGGACCGCUUCUUUGCGGUAAAAACAGAGACAGGUACAAAGAGGGGAGGUAUCCGGAGAACAUGGAAAAGUUUAACGUUGUGAACACGUCACCGUUUGAGAGUGAGGUUUCCUUCUGUUUCCAGAACGAUGCUAACGCUACCACCUACCUUCUGGAUCCUCCUAACAUGAAACUAAAACCUGGAGAGGCUCAGGAGUUGAGUGUUUGGGCUUACCCUAAAACUCCGAACGAGUUUAAAGAUUGCCUGGUGUGCUGUAUCAGAGAAAACCCUCAACCAGUUCAAUUUGCCAUCUCCUGUAUCGGUGUCAGACCUGAGGUGGAACUGGACAAGAAAGUUUUGCAGUUUGAUAGAGUCCUUAUUCACAGGAAGGACACAAGAUCACUGUUUAUAAGAAACAGCACCCUGCUUCCAGUAGCGUGGCGUGUUAACGGAAUGGAGAACCUAGGUGAUGACUUCUCCCUGUCCAGUGAUCACGGGGUUAUCGACCCCCGCCAGGAGUGUGAAGUGAAGCUUCAUUUCAAAGCUGUCAAGGUCAUCAACGUCAAGAAGAACAUACGAAUAGAGAUUUCUGAUGUAGAUCAGAUCAUGGGUCUGGUACAGAAUGAGAACAUCCAAGUCCAAGUUGAAGCUUACGACGUUGCUCUCGACAUGAGUUUCCCGAAGGGAGCUGACGGUGGUUUGGACUUCGGCAUUAUGAAGGUGUUCGACGAGGCAAAACAGACCUGUACCCUCAAGAAUAGGGGACGUUACGAAAUUGGGUUCAAGUUCACAUUUGAUUCCUCUGACCCAGUAAUGAGGGAGGCGAUGGAACUGUUCAAAGUAGACCCACCCUCCGGUCAACUCUUCCCCAACGACAAACCAACCACCGUGCACGUCAUAUUCAAGAGCAAAAAGGAGUGCAACAUCAAGGACGUGCCUAUUUUGAAGUGUCAAGUUAUUGAGCCGCAUCUCGGUAACCAGGGCGGAGUUAUCGCUAACAUCCCCGUUAAACUUAGUGCUAGGUCGGUGUUCAGUAAAUUCGCCAUCCACCCACUAAAAGACGUCAACUUUGGACCGAUGAUAAUAAACAUCAAGAAGCAACGACAGUUCUUAAUCGAGAACCACGGUGACUUUGAGUUCCGGUACAGUAUCGUGAAAGUGAGCAACAAGGGACUUAUUGGACAGAAGCCCAAUAACAAGCAGCGUGGUAGUACAAGAGAGGGAGAAUCUGGUCGCACAUCUUCCCAACUUAUGCUAGGUACCAGAGGUCGAGGUCAGCGCAGCGACAGUCUUAGUAAUGUACCGUCCACCACGCGUCGCCAGGAGAUAGUUGGUGGAAACGUGCGUGCGCAGUUCGGAAUGUUCUACUUAUACCCAGCAAGCGGGACCAUCAGCUCCAACGGCCAACAGCUAGUAACAGUGGAGUGUCUGGCUGAAAACCCCGGUAGAUGCGAGGAAGUGCUCGCUAUUGACGUGUCAGACAGGGCCCCCUCUGAGCCUCCAGUUUACUAUAAACUCAGCGGUGAGGUAGUUAUACCUGGGUUCGUCACACAGGAUAUGAACACGAUAUUUGAGGAGCAUCUUAUUGUGGCCAACAGUGAUGUUCUCACGCUCUCGAAAGGCCCAAAUUUCAAGCCCGAGAAAGAGGAUGUUGGCGUGUACCUUAUCGAGGAGAACAAGUUCUUGUUUAGCUACGUUGUGGUCGGACAGAAAGCGUGUGCUCGCUUCAAGAUACUAAAUUCAAGAAUGGUGCCAUGUGAUAUCUCGUGCGUAGUACGGCAGCCUCAAACUAAGCAGAUGAGCAAGAGUAGUAGUCACGGGAGCGACGUGUUCGAGAUCACACCCUCCCGGACCACCAUACAACCCUACUCACAUGUCUACUGUACUGUCAAUUUCACUCCCUCUGCUAUACAGAACUACAACGCUAUUGUAGAGAUAAACGCAGAGGGUCUACACCAGAGCAUUCCUCUAAAAGACAGGAACCUGACAUUUGACAUCCAAGGAGAGGGCACCCUGCCCUCCAUAAGUAUCGUCAAGCCAGUGACCUGUACCAAGAAGAACCAGCCUGUUAUCCAGUUCAGUCGUUUACUGCUGGGACAAAGUCAGAGUAAACCGCUCGUCAUUGAGAAUACUGGCAAUAUUCCAACUAAGGUUCUGGUUGAGAUGCAUGUUCCAGACACCUCCUUCACUUUGUACGCUCCUGAUGAAACUCUGGAUAUGAUCACGGAGGGAGUGGUGGAGAAACCAGCCUCCGCUUACGGCUACUUCCUUCCUGGUCUAACUCCAAUCAGGCGGCCCGUCACUCUGGAGUUACACUCCAAGGAGAAAGUGACAUUCGAGGUGGUUUGCAGGAGCAUUCACAUUUCCAAACUAAAUGCGGAGAUUAAGAUCAUCGUAGAGGAUAAUAGAUUUGAAGACAGUACAAUACUGGUUGUCGGCGAGGGAUACGAAGAUGACAUAACUUUGGAUAACGUGCGAGGCAGCAGCAAACAGGGCACUGAAUUUGCCGAGGACAACAUUCUAGAGUCAGUGACUGCCGAUAUUGGCGCUGUGCACUUGAACUUCGGUGACUGUGCUAUCAACGAGCUUCAUCAAAUGACAUUCACCCUCACCAACCACUCGAGCACAGAUCCGUACAGAUUCUCAUGGGGACCUCAAGCCAACAUAACCUUCGUACCGAACAUUGGCCACUUGCAUCCGAGGUGCAGCAAAGACAUAAUUGCUGAGUUUAAGGCUGGAGAACCAGUAAGUUUCCAGAACCAAGCUAUCCCCUGCAAAGUGGUGAAAAUAACUUUCCCUCAGCCUUUAGCUCAAGUUGCCGACUGGGAUGACAGAAUGAAGAUAAUAAGGUGGAUAUCAAAGAAACCCAGGAAAUCUCUCGGCUCUACUGCCGAUGAAGAAAGAGUUGCAUCUCCUUCAAAAGCGACCAAGAAAGACUCCAAAGCAGAGAAAGAGAAGAAAGCUGCUGAAAAAGUUGAAGUUGUUGAGCCUAAGCCAGAGCCAGUGGUAGAAGACAAGUCUCAAAAGGAGAAGGUGGUUGAAACUGAGCCAGAACCAGCAAAUACGACGAUUGAUGACUCAGCACGUGAAUUGCCACUUUGUGCAAGUGCUACAGCAGACUUUGCUAGUUUCAGUGUCGACUGUGAGGAGAUCAUAUUCUCAAACACUCUAAUGUUCCAAAGCAGAGUGUUCAAGUUCAACAUCUACAACAACGGCAAUAUCCUGUUGGACUAUCACUGGUCUUUAUCUGGUAAAAAUGGUUGUGAGAAGGUCAGUUUCGAGUCCAAUGCCAACGCAGAGCGGCCCCAAUCCGCUGCCGGGCAGCGCCGUCGUGAUCUGACAGAAACAGAUAUAGAGAAGCCCCCAUUUAUGAUAGAGCCGACAUCUGGUCAUGUGCUGGUGGGCCAGCAGCAAGAAUUCAAGGUCACAUACUCGCCUCUUGACUGUGUGACCAGUGAGGGAUGGCUAGACUGCAGGAUAUCAAAUCUGGCGGAGGGUAGAAUACAACCCCAGAUAAUGCUGCGUGGUACCGGACUAAUGCCGUUCUGUCACUUCGAGCUGGAAGAAUCGGACUACAUCACUGGAAACAGGAGAAAGCCAGAUCUGAAGGGACCCAAGGGAUCUCCUCCUGGUGUUUCCUUAGAUCAAGCCACCCGUGUCAUUGAGUUCUCCUCCUGUGGUGUCAGCGUGUUGAAUACUGUUUCUUUUAAUAUUCUCAACCCUACCUCGGAAACAUGGAAAUUUGCAAUUAUCAACGAGGGUGGAGAAAAAUCGGGAAACGAAGUUCAGUGUAAAACACUAAACGGACUCGUGUCUCAUGGUAAGAAGGCAACAAUUACCUUCGAGUUUACCCCAUCCUCCCUGGAAUUGGUGGAAUCGUUCUGGCGGUUCACUAUCCCAUCUCUCGGGCUUAGUGUUCCUCUUCUGGUGGUUGGUCAGACCAAGGAACCAAGAGUCGUUAUCGACAAGAGUCAGAUCAACUUCAAAUCACUGCUUCUCAAGAAACACGCUGUUGAGCGCUGUCACAUUAUAAACAACGAGGAGACGCCUUUUGCGGUGGCGUUUGACGAGAAAUGCUUAACCGCUCAUUCUUCUACAGCAGUACUUCAGGUCCAGCCAAUGCAAGCUGUUAUCCCUCCUAAAUCAAGUUUAGCCGUGGAUAUAAUAUUUGAACCACAUGCGGAGGGAUUAUUCAACUACAACCUGAUAGUGGAUGUCAAGAAGAAGCCGUCACCACUUCAGAUAAAUGUUAAGGGAGAGGGGUAUAAGAUGCAAGUGGCUUGUUCCGUACAGGACGAUAAAGGAAGCCAACUGACUUUACUUCCUGGCAACACCAAUAAUAUUGUCAACUUUGGUGAGGUGCAGCUAAACGAAAAGAGCCUACAAAAGGUAACCCUUGUAAACAGUGGGAAGUUCGACUGCCUCUACGACUGGAAGCUGAGCAUCCCACCGAGAUUCGGGAAAGUUCCCCCAAUAAUAACCGUUAGCCCAUCCUCUGGGGUUGUUAAACCUGGCUCCAGAACAUUCUGUGAUGUCGCGUUCUGUCCGCCUCAUAAGCUCACACUCCGAGAUGUCUCUGCUGUUUGUGAGAUAAAGAACGGCAGACCGUUUCCAAUCAGCUUGAUUGGAGCAGGAAUCCUUCCUGACCUACACUUCUCAUUCAAACACCACAACUUUGGACCUUGCUUCCUCUACCAACCGGGAAUGUCUCACCAGAAAACCACCCUGAUCGUCACAAACCAGGACAUCCGGGACAUCUCAAUAGACUGUCUGUACCAAUCUAAUGCGUUCCUCGAGGUAACGAGCAAGCCGUGUGUGAUACCGGCAGGAAAGCGGACUGAAGUUACCUUCUCGUUUUAUCCUCGUCAGAUCAUGAAAUACCGUGAAACUGUUACCUUCCUGGUUAACGGGCUGAGCCAUGUUGAGGUUGUUAUAGGCGGACAGGGCACUGAACUCCGGGUUGACGUGGUGACUCCUAAAAAGAAAGUAGUAAACUUCGGGGCCCUCCAGAUAGGGGAGACCUGCACCAGGACCGUCUCUCUGGUAAACAAAUCUCUGGCACCAGUGUCAUUCCUACUGGUGGCGGCGCCUAAUGCAGCACUUCCUUCCGGCGUGCUCAGCAUUAACCCCGCCAUGGAGAUAACCAUGAAACCUAAGGGGUCUACACUAGACGUCCAAGUUAGAUUCGCACCAACCACCAGAGUGCCCUACUUCAGUGAAGAGGUUAUGCUGGAGUGUGUGGGAGGAAUAUCAGUGCCACUGUUUACCAUACAAGGUAGCUGCCAGGCUGUGGGAAUAGAGCUUGACACUGAACACAUUCCGUUUGGUGCGGUUGUCCGUGGUGCACAGAGCACGCGCAAGUUGGUCAUGUACAACACAGGAGACAUAGGUGCUCGCUUCAGAUGGGACGAGACAAGCUUCGCACCCGACUUCUCCAUCUCACCGGUAGAGGGAUACGUUGCCACGGGGAUGCACGUGGAUUUCACGAUCACAUUCCACCCCGUGAAGCACGAACGUGACGUGCGCUACGAUAACUUGAUAUGUGAUAUUGAAGACGGAACACGACUUUACCUUACCAUGACUGGUUCUUGUAUCCCUGCUACUCCUACUAAGGAGGUACUAAACUUUGUGUGCUCGGUAAGGAGCAAAGAAACAAGAAGUUUGACUCUGCACAAUAAGACAGGAACUCUGUGGACUCUUGGUCCUGUUAUUGAAGGAGAACACUUCUCAGGUGCCGAACAAUUGGUGGUGGAACCAGGACAACACAGACAGUACGAAGUUACCUAUCAUCCUCUAACCAUGACGACCGAAAACAGAAAACACAAUGGCUCGAUAUUUUUCCCGUUACCAGACGGAACUGGACUUCUGUACAACAUGACAGGUUUCAGUGAUCAACCCAGACCCAUUGCAACACUGCCCAUCGACAUUCCCGCCAAAACUCAGCACACCGAGACUCUGAGAGUUCACAAUUGGCUUCGAGUCCCACAGCGGUUUAUCGUGAUAAGAGAGAUUUUAAAGCCAGACCGUCCUGAUCCCGCAACUAACCUCAAAGGUUUUGAUUACAUUGACGUGCCGGGAUUGAGUGAACGAGAGUACAAGCUUCAGUUUGAAGCGUACAAAGAGGGAAAUGUCCACUCGAAGAUAACGUUCAAGAACGAGCAGUCGGGAGAGUUCCAGUUCUACUUUGUGACUUACAAAGUGUCUGCUGCGGGAGUGAUCGACACGAUCAAACUGACAGCACCAGUUCGUCAGUCAGUGAGCUACACAAUACCGCUGUUCAACCCUCUGUCAGUAUCCGUUACCCUCAACACCCAGCUUCACAAUUCCACAGAGAUAUCUCUCCUCCCCACUUUCACGGUCCCUGCUAACUCGGAGGGACUCUUCUCUUUCGAAUACAUGCCACUUAAAGCCGGGAGAAGUGAAGCCAAGAUCGUUUUUAACUCCAUCGAUCUGGGACAAUAUAUCUACGAGGUUGAAUUGCUAGCUACUCCAGCGGGACCAGAACGAGCGCUGAUCUUUAAAACGGGACUCGGAAACAGUCAGGUGCUUCAAGCUCGUCUCAUCAACUACAGCAAGACUAAGGUUGAUUAUACAAGCAAGACUGAUAGCAAUGAUUUCCAUGUGGAGAAGAAUACGCAGCCCGCUACAAGCGGUGGAGUGGGUGGCACUGAGGUCACUAUCGAGGUUACUUUCGAACCCUCACAACUGGGUGACUCCAAGGGAACCCUCAUCGUAUCAUCAGGCGGAGGUGGUGAGUACAUUUUCCCACUGAUCGGUCACUGUCACCAACCCAAACCACAAGGCCCCUUCACCAUUAGAGCUGGACAGAGUAUCCCAGUACAGUUCAAGAACGUGUUCCCCACCCCUACUACGUUCCUCCUAUCCGUGGACAACUCACUGUUCUCCGUGAAGCAGUCCGAGCUGAUCAGAGCGAAGAAGACCAUUAACAUUAUGGUCACGUACAAUGGCAGUCCGAGUGGUCAAGCGUUACCAGUUCAGACAGGGAAGCUAAUUAUAACAAAUCCAAAGAGCACGUCCGGACAAACAAUACACUGGGUGUUUUACCUGAAGGGAGUAUCGGAGAAACACUGAGUUUCUGGUUACUAGUGGUUACUAUUAGUUACUAUGACUACUAGGAGAAACACUGAGUGUUUCACCUUGAGUCUUGGCGAUUGUUACAUUUACAACACAGACAUUUCACUCGGGUUCUCAACCCAACUCGGUAUUUCACUUUCAGUACAGACAUAUUUCCAUAGCUCAUUGACUUUCAGAAAUUGGUGUUAGCAUAUUCUCAAGUUUUCUGUUUUCCAUAUUUGUAAAAGAUCGUUCUCCGAUCGUGAACAAUGUACAGUAUUUGUAGAAUAGUAUUUUCUAAGUUAAUGUAAUUUUCUGCGCUACAUAUAAUUUGAAUAGUCUGGCUUUUAUUACGAAGUAAGAUGAGAAAGAAGUAUUUAAAUGUCGUGAAGGGCGAAUCAUGCACCUUUUGACGUUUACACUCUUCUUUGGGAAACAAAACCCAGGAAUUCACCUCUCGAUAUCCCUGGGUUUCAUUCCUAUCAUUGUGAAACUCAUCUCAAGUAAUCCCUUCUUUUUAUCUAAUUUAUGCGUUGUUUUUAUUGAGGGUAACGCUGGACUGAUUUUGAUUGUAUGUGGAGUUAUAGUUAUAAAUUUUAUCGGUAAAAAUGAGUUUGUUUCCUUUUUAUC